UUAGCAUUAGCAGGUUUGCAGUGCGUGAAAAAAGGUAUAUGUUGAUAGCUGCUAUGCUAACAUAGCUUUCUUGAUCCGUUUUAAUCUCGCCAGAUCUUGUGGUUAACAAAGAGACACAUUUCUUGUCAGUUGACCCGUUGCAUGACCAAAGCGCUGCUGUGAGCGUUAUGACUAAUCUAUAUUUAGGCAUCAGGUUGUAUUCUUAGCGUUAGUUUAACUGGCGGACAUGGAGACUCGGGGCAUCGAGGACAUGUUUGACUUUCAUAGGUUUCCCAAAGAUGCAGUAGUUCUUCUACUGCUGCUGAUUUACUUUCCGGUUGGCAUUUGUUUGAUGUUUAUCCGGAUUUUUGUGGGAGUUCACAUUUUUCUGGUCAGCUGUGCACUUCCAGAAAGUUUUCUUCGAAGAUUUAUUGUAAGGGUGAUGUGCUCAGUCUUGGGGAUGCAUGUGAGACAGAAAAAUCCUCGCUCCAGAGACAGAAACACCAAGUUGUACAUAUGCAAUCACAUAACGGAGUUUGACCACAACAUAUUCAACCUUCUGACCCCAUGCAAUACACCGCAGUUAGAAGGCUCCACGGGCUUUGUGUGUUGGGCCAGAGGUUUCAUGGAGGUCCAUUCUGGCCGGGCAGCGAUUGGAGAGUCUCUUCAGAGAUACUGCUCCACUGAGGGCACCCAGCCUCUGCUGCUGUUUCCUGAGGAGGACACCACCAACGGGCGGGCUGGCCUUCUGAAGUUCAGUUCUUGGCCUUUCUCACUGACGGAGUCUGUCCAACCUGUGGCCUUACGGGUGACCAGACCUCUGGUUUCUCUGAACACAGCAGAGUCCAGUUGGCUGGUGGAACUCUUGUGGACCUUUUUUGUUCCAUGUACUGUGUAUCAUGUAAGUUGGCUCCCACCAGUUUCCAGACAAGAUGGCGAGUCCACACAGGAAUUUGCCAACAAAGUCCAGGAGCUGCUUGCCAUUGAACUCGGCGUCGUCUCCACCAAAAUCACCAAGAGCGACAAAGCCGAGUACAUCAAACGGAGCAGACAUCCUCCAGCUCCCGCUCAGUCCCGCUCAGGCGUGGCGUCGGGCUCCAUCGGACUCGGGUUCAUGGUCCAGAGUUUGGGGACGGACGAUCCUCGGCUGACUAAAAUGGCUCAGCAGGUGAAGGACGUUCUGCCUCACGUCCCGCUGAGUGUCAUCAUGAAGGACUUGGCAAAAACCAACUGUGUUGACACCACCAUAACAAACUUACUGGAGAACAAAGAGGACGCCGCAGUGGAAGCUUCCGGCGCAUCAGCUUAUGAGGCCUCUUCAGUGGGAUCUCGGUCCUCCGGUUCUGCUUCAGCCAUUAAGCCUGCUGCCAAAACUUUUGGGAAAUCUCCAGCCGACAGACAUUUGUCUCUUCAGGAAAGAAAAGAGGCGUUGUAUAAUUUUGCACGAAGACGUUACAUUGAAAAGCAUGGACUUAAGGAGGAGGACAGCCAGUGAACACAGUUGGGGGGUCAAGCCAUUGAAAACUGCUCAUAUUGGAGAUGCGUAGCUGUUUAAUUUGAAACAGUGAUUUUUAUAUUCUGUAAAAUUGGAUCUGCUGGAGAAAAGCUGGUUUUGUUAUUUGCAGAUAUUAGCAUCGAGUAUUCAGAACAUGUAUACAUUCAUGACACGGUGAUUAUGCAUGUGUUUAAUUCGUCAUUCUGGCAGAAACCUAAUUUUGAUAACAGUUUGUAUAACGAUCCACUGACUGUGAAUCCUGUAUUUAUUUUUAUAAUGUCCAGAGUUGUUGAUGGAAAAUAAAAUUCAGCUUGACUUUGCUUUCAAAAAA